AUGAUGCUGAGUAGCUCCGUGGAGGUGCCCAGUCCGGGCGGGCUGAGCAGCCUCAGCGGGCUGAGCGAAGCCGCUCGGAACGUGGUGCGCUCCUCCAGCAUCUCGGGGGCCAUGUACAACCUGGAGAAGAGUCCUGGAGGCAGCGGUCCUGAGUCAACAUCGCUGGCUGGCAACAAGAAACGGCGAUCCAGUCUGGGAGCCAAGAUGGUGGCGAUUGUGGGCUUGUCACAGUGGAGCAAGAGCACACAGCAACUCAACCAGCAUGACGGCGGGACUAAGAAGCUUCGCAGCACCAUCCGACGGAGCACGGAGACUGGCAUUGCCGUGGAGAUGAGGAACCGAGUAACGCGGCAGGGUAGCAAGGACUCCACCGACGGCAGCACCAACUCCAACAGCUCCGAUGGAACGUUUGUCUUCCCUACCACGCGCCUCGGGCCUGAAAGUCAGUUCAGCGACUUCUUGGACGGAUUAGGCCCCGCUCAAAUCGUUGGGCGGCAAACAUUAGCGACCCCUCCCAUGGGAGACGUCCAUGUUGGUAUGUUGGACAGAGGGGGCCAACUGGAGGUGGAGGUCAACCAGGCCAGGGGCUUGAUCCCCAAACCAGGCUCCAAGAAUAUUCCAGCAACCUACGUGAAGGUGUAUGUCCUUGAAAAUGGAGUAUGCUUGGCGAAGAAGAAAACCAAAGUCGUGAAGAAGAAUCUCGACCCGAGCUACCAGCAGCCUCUGUUGUUUGAUGAGAGUCCUCAGGGAAAAGUCCUCCAGGUUAUAGUGUGGGGGGAUUACGGACGUAUGGACCACAAGUGCUUCAUGGGAAUGGCCCAGAUCCUGUUGGAGGAUUUGGACCUCUCGGCGACGGUCGGCGGCUGGUAUAAGCUGUUCCCUACCUCCUCUCUGGCAGACCCCAGCAUCGGACCUCUGGCCCGACGCCUCUCGCAGUCCUCCCUAGAGAGUGCCACAAGCCCAUCGUGCACCUAA